GUUUUCUGAGCUGAACCUAAACCAGACGCCCAAUUUCAGGAUGCAUCUGUCCAGGGUUGGAAUUUACAUGAAGAGGAGAAAGCGGGGCUGCUCUCAAGCCUGAACGUUACUGUCUUCCUCCAUCUGGCCACCACUCUCUCUGCCUCUUCAGAUUGGUGCUUAUCCCCUCUCCCCUCGCCAACAUGCUCUGUUGGGGGAAUGGAAAGGACGGACAGUUGGGUAUUGGUGUGGAGAGGAACCCUGUGUUUGAGCCAAGGAGCUGUCAUGUUUUCAGUAGCAGGGGACUGAAAGACAUUGCCUGUGGAGGGCAACAUUCACUGUUCCUGUUGCAUGAUGGUAGUGUGUACACUUGUGGCUCUAACAGUUGUGGACAGCUGGGCCAUGACAAACCAGGGAAUUCCCCAGAGCUAGUAGGAGCUCUGGAUACGCAGAAGAUAACAGUGGUGUCGAGCGGUCGGGGCCAUUCUAUGGCGGUGAAUGAGCAGGGUCAAGUUUUCGCUUGGGGAGCUGGUGAAGGGGGUCAGCUCGGCCUGGGGACUGCAGAAGUGGCUGUUCGAAUCCCAAGAUUGGUCAAAAGACUUUGUGACCAUCGCAUCUCCCAAGUAAUGUGUGGAAAUCAGCACUGCAUUGCACUUUCUAGAGAUGGCCAGUUGUUCACGUGGGGCCAGAACACCAGUGGUCAGCUUGGCCUGGGAAAAGGAGAGCCCAGCAAGCUGUUCCCUCAUCCUCUGAAGUCUCUGGCAGGAAUUCCUUUGGCACAGAUAACUGCCGGGGGAGACCACAGCUUUGCUCUCUCCUUGUCAGGAGCUGUAUUUGGGUGGGGCAAAAACAGAGCGGGGCAACUGGGUCUCAAUGAUAAACAAGAUCGUGCGGUCCCUUGCCACAUCAAAUUUUUGAGAUCUCAAAAAGUUGUUUACAUCAGCUGUGGAGAUGAACAUACAGCAGCCCUCACAAAGGAUGGUGGUUUGUUUACAUUUGGAGAUGGUUCAUGGGGUCAGCUGGGUCACGGCUCCACCAAUAAUGAACUUUUACCCAGACGAGUGCUGGAGCUCAUGGGUACGGAAGUGUCUCAGAUCACCUGUGGCAGGCACCACACUUUGGCGUUUGUGCCUUCCUCUGGUUUGGUGUAUGCGUUUGGUUGUAACAGCCAUGGCCAGCUCGGCACAGGAAUACUCGGGGAUGCUAGAAGCCCAAUUCCUGUAAAGACCAGUUUGCUGACUGGACAUUUCCAUAGAUCAGAGUCAAAACAAUACAUAGUGACCAAAAUCAUCUGUGGAGGAGACCAUAGUUUCAUAUUGUACUCUAAUGAACAGAGCUCAGUCCCCUCAGAGGACUUCAGAGUGAUUAAUAUCAGUAAAAGCCUCUCCCCAAUCAAUUAUGAAAGGCUAAAUUCAUGGAGGUUAAAACUGAUGUACAACACAGAUUCUAGUGUCACAAACGACAUUAUAGUCCAACUCUCCUCUGCGGCUUGUUGGAAUGCCAGCUUCCUGGACCAAAGUGAUGAUACCCACUUCAAAACCAACCCAAAGAUCCCAGGCAUUGAUCUCAACUCUGUCAGACUGCUAUUUGAGACUCUCAGCAAACCAGCCUUCUCUGGACUUCUGGAGCAGGCCACCAAGAGUUUUGAGAGUCUGCUGAUCCCUCAGCUGCCGCACUCUCCUCCUGAUGUCGAGGCCAUGAGGAUCUACCUCAUCUUGUCAGAGUAUCCGGCCCUGCAGGACUCCAAGAACUACAUCCGCCUCACUAUCCCCCUGGCAAUGGCCAUCCUCCGGCUAGACACCAACCCCAGCAAAGUAUUGGACAACUGGUGGUGUUUUGUGGACUGCAGUGUGUUCACCAGAAUGGUUGACAUGUACAAGAGCAUCGUCGUGUUUAUGCUGACGGGAGGAAAGACGCUGCUCGUACCGAUGUUCUACGAGAACUAUUUUCUUGCUACGCUGAGGCUGCUGGAAAAACUCCACAAGGUAAACUUAAAGGCCCACCAUGUGGAGUACAACCGCUUUUAUAUCCCUGACAUCACCAGCCUGGUGGACAUCCAGGAAGACUACCUCAAAUGGUUUCUGAAUAAAGCUGAGACUAAAAUGGGAUCAUCCCCUUCGCAGAGUGACUUUCCCUCAGUGAACCUAUGUGCCUACCCGUUCAUACUGAACGCCCAAGCCAAGACAACAAUGCUGCAAACAGAUGCUGAGCUGCAAAUGCAGAUGGCAGUAAGCGGUGCAAACCUACACAAUGUAUUCAUGCUGCUCACACUGGAACCCCACCUUGCCAGGAAUCCUUACCUGGUGCUCCAUGUGCGCAGGAGCCAUUUAGUAAGUGACACUCUGCGUGAGCUCACCAUGUAUUCUGACGUGGACCUCAAGAAACCACUCAAGGUGAUCUUUGAUGGAGAGGAGGCCGUGGACGCCGGUGGAGUAACUAAAGAGUUCUUCCUGCUUCUGUUAAAGGAGCUGAUGAAUCCCGUUUAUGGGAUGUUCACUCAUUACAAAGAGUCCAACCUGCUGUGGUUCUCAGACAAAUGUUUUGUAGAGCAGAACUGGUUUCACCUGAUCGGGAUCAUCUGCGGUCUGGCCAUCUACAACUCCACAGUGGUGGACCUCCACUUUCCCCUGGCUCUCUACAAGAAGCUGCUUGAUGUAUCACCAAUGCUGGAGGACUUCAAAGAGCUCUCCCCCACUGAGGCCAGGAGUCUACAACAACUUCUAGACUAUGAAGGAGGUGAUGUAGAGGAGACAUUUCUUCUCAACUUUGCUAUCACCAGGGAGAACUACGGGAUGACAGAAGUCAAGGAGCUGAUCCCUGGAGGAGAGAACAUUAGUGUGGACAAAAACAACAGGAAGGAAUUUGUGGAGGCCUACCUGCGCUACGUGUUCUCAGACUCAGUGAGCGAGCAGUACUCGGCCUUCUCCUCAGGUUUCCUGAAGGUGUGUGGAGGGGAGAUCCUGGCGCUGUUCCAGCCGUCUGAGCUGAUGGCAAUGGUGGUCGGCAACAACAACUACAACUGGGAGGAGAUGGAGAAGAAUGCCAUUUACAAAGGCGAAUACACAGCAACUCAUCCUACAGUCAGAUUGUUCUGGGAGGUUUUCCACGAGUUCCCUCUGGAAAAGAAGAAGCAGUUCUUAUUGUUCCUGACCGGCAGCGACCGCAUCCCCAUCCAUGGCAUGGAGAGCCUGCGUAUCAUCAUCCAGUCCACCACAGCUGAGGAGCACUAUCUGCCCGUGGCCCACACCUGCUACAACCUGCUGGACAUGCCCCGCUACCAGACCAAAGAGAUCCUGCGCCGCCGUCUCACUCAGGCUGUGGAGCAGUAUGAAGGCUUCAGCCUGGUCUGAGGAGGGGAGGAGAUCCGCAGCAGUUUUAAUGAACUUUAUCAGCAAUACAUGUCACACAUGUCAGUGUCAAAAGAGUGUAAGGAGGGACUUUGGGACCCGGGAAGGUCACUCUCUUUUACUUAUGCUCACAAGAUUGUUAAGCAUCUUGAAUCUGAAAGGUCUAUCGAUGUAAAUGCAAAGUAUUAUUGCUUUUAUUGCUUUAGGCAAAGUUUCUCAACCUUUCAGGGCCAUUUGGAGGAAAUGAUAUAUGAACAUGUUUAAAAUAUAUAAUAGUCUUAAAAAAACGGAUGUAUGCCCUGAAAAUCACAUGACCGCCAUGGAUCAUAAGAAAUAAGACCUAAAAUCAAAGGCCAGAGAAGGUUGAGAAACUCUGGCUUUGGUUUGUCUGUGUAGGUUAAUUUUUGUCUUCUCUCUUUUUUUUUUUUUUUUUUUUUUUUUUGCAAAGCUGUGUAUUUUAUAUUCAACUCAUUAAAUUCUAUUUUUCACCUUUAAAGAAUUAUGUUACUACCUUGAGACAAUACAGUAUAUCUGCUUUUUGUUACUUUUAAUUUAUUAAAUAGAGUGGUUAUUUUUUAAAAAAAUGAAUAUGUAUAUAUGUGUGUGUAAAUAGCACUUUGAAUAUAAUAUUUACCCCUGACUUUGGGAGCUGUGCUCAACAAGCUGAUCCUUUUAAAUCUGGACAUCAUCACCAUGUCCUCUCUGCCUGAUUUAAAAAAGAAAAAAAGGACAAAUGAAAAGUACUUGGCAGGCAGAGAGGUGCAGGAUGAAACAUGGUGAAUAUUAUUUGCAAUCCCUUGUUUCUUUUUAGCUGUGGAUCACAGAGCAGCUGACUUUGUCUUGAACCUGCAUUCAACAGUGUUGCCUUCUACAGCAAAACCUACGAUAUGGACAUGAGAAACGCUGACUUUUUAAAGUUUAUUUUUAGUGGAUGUUGUCUGUGUGCAUGUUGUUGAGUGAAAGCAAAACCUGAUUGUAAUCGAAAAGUUUGACAUUUUGGGAAAUUUGCUUCUUAGCUUGGUGGUGGAGCGUUAGAUGAGAAGAUAGAUGCCCCUCUCCUUUCUGAUGAUGGUGUCAGUCUUCUCCUCUGCCUCUGCACCAGAAAGCAAAUAAGUUAGUUUCCCAAAAUGUGCUUUAAAACAAAAUAUAUAAACAUUAAAACUAAUAAUUGUAAUUAGCUGUUUCCAAGUUGCAGAUAAUUAAAUUGUAACAUUUGUGGCAGGACAACCCAAUGAGUGCACAGUUACCAGUGUGGGCAGAUAAUCUGUUAAAUAUAUUAGAUAUAUAGUCAGCUGACAAACUGUAUCUGUCAUAUUUGAUGUUCUAAAUCUUGCCCUGAAACUGUAUUUAUUCCUACAGUCAAACCUUUUAAUCCAAAACAAUGUUAAAUUAGGUCGUGCAAGUGUGUGAAAUGGUCUUGCAUAUAUAUAUUUUAUUUCAUACAUGACAGUGGCAUCAAAGUGACUUCAGACAGAAAAAAAUGACUUGAUGUGUCCUGACUAACAGGUCACACUGACUCAUCCAUUUAGCAAUAACAACCUGAAGCAGCCCAGUAAUGUAGUGAUAACUCUGGGUCUUUCCUCUAAAGGUCUUAACUACUGAACUCUUCUGAGAUGUUUCUUAGAACAGUUCAUCUUAUUGCUUAUCUCUAUACUGCAUGUACACACAUGUUCAGUCAAUAUUUGUCUGAUUAAAGCUGAUUUCUCCUGCAGAGUUUAAUCCUAUGCAACUGUUCGUGCAGCCCUGGACUUUUUUGCACCUUUUAAUGUGCUACAGAAAAUGUCAAUUUUGCAUAUUUGUUCUUCAAAAUCUACACAAAGCUCUCUGUUCCAGCCAACUUUUUAAAUAAAACAAUACAGCGUAAAAACAUAUUACCUGCAU